GUACUUAAGUAUAUUGGAUAUUAUUUGCGAAGUCAAAAUUCGUAGCUAUAACACUGAAUAACUUAAAAAUCAGAAUGAAUAAAUUAAUAUUGAUUUUAUUUGAAGGAUUGUGUACAAGUAUUGCCUGCUGCUUUUCAUCAAACGAUUUUGAAAGGAGAGUUGUUAUAACGAUGAAAUGGAAUGAAAGUGGUAUUAUAAUACAAGACUUGGAAGUAAAUAAUUUCCGCCUUCUAAACAAGGUCAUCCAAAACAAUUAUAUAUUUGAGUACCAAGGGAUGGGCAAUACGUCAGAAUUAAAUGAAUUGAUAUCACGUCUUAAAACAAAAUAUAAGGACAUGAUUGUGGCAAUAGAGAGAGUUGUUGUGUAUAAUGAUACUUUGAAACCUGGAGGAGUAACUAAAAACCACAAACUUGAUCAAUUACAGAAUGAUUCCGGUUCUGGACAUGAGAACUAUUAUGGCAUGGGUGUACGAAGGGCAUGGUUGCUUGGAUAUACUGGGAAGGGAGUUACUGUAGCUGUGACAGAUGUAGGGAUACAUACAGGUCUAGUUGAUCUCAAGAACAACAUUGUAAACGCAUUCUGCUAUAACUUCAUCAACGAUAGUAAGAAUAUAACGCCAGAAUUUUUCCACAAUCUACAGGCGGAGUCGUCCAUGUUCACUGAUCAUGGGGACCACUGUGCAUCAUUAAUUGCGUCUGCAUAUGGAAAUGAAAUAUGUUCAUCUGGAAUAGCAUUCAACGCGACUGUUGUUGGACUAAAGAUAUAUAUGGUAAAACUUAUCAAAGGCAUACAUUUCGACAUUGUUCCUAGAUACUCCUCUAGAUCCGAUAUUGUCGCAAGGGCUCUGGCAUACAACCAUACCAUUGAUAUAUAUUCAAACGCUUGGGCUCCUACAGAUCCUUUCGUUGACUUAGAUACCCUAACUAAAGAGGUUUUAAAACGUGGUGCAGAGAAUGGACGCCGAGGAUUAGGUAUAAUAUAUGUGUUCCCGGCGGGACCAGUCGGAAAUGGAUUUGCAAACAGUAUCUACACUACUGCGGUAAAUGGUGUUGGCCAGUAUGGACGUAUCCACAAAGACUCGACACUAAGUGCUAGUGUUAUAACUUCAGGUCUGACAGAUGGAAGUAAUAUAACAGCAAGUUACAUGUUAACGACGUCUAGCAACAACAAAUGUGUAACUAGUUUCAAUGGUGUAUCACCAGCCACGGCACAGAUUGCGGCUAUUAUUGGUUUAGCUCUUGAAUAAAGUAUGUUUAUAUUUGUUUUCGUUACCUUUGUAAGCCAUACGGACACAAUCGAGGUUAUGUGGCUAUUUUCAAGUUUUAAUAGUGGAGGAGAACUCCAGGAUGUGCCCCUGCUGGCAUUGUUUCAUGUACAUGCAGGCAAAUUGGUAAAACCAUCGACCUGCUGUAAGCUAGCUGGAAAGCCAUCCAUGGUCGAUGGUUCUACCAGUUUGCCUGCAUGUACAUGAAACAAUGCCAGCAAGUGCUUCAACGGCUUCAACGUCAAUUACUUAGUUUCGAACGGAAACUGAGUUGAAAUCAGCGACAGUACUUGACACAGAGGCUUCUAUGUCUCCUCAUGCGUAUAUUGAUGCUAUUACAUGUAUAUACACGUCAGACAUUACGCUGCUCUUUAAUCGGUACUUAAGCAUUUAGUUGCUGUUGAUAUACAAGAUCCCGAGAUCAUGAAUAUCCGAGCAUGUUUCAUCCAACAAUUUGAUGAAAGCUCGUUUCUUGUUUGUAUUGC